AUGGCUUUAUCGACGAUGGUGAUGUCUGAGACAGAAGAAGACCUGAGGAAAGGGGGAGAAGCCAAAUACGCACAUUUAGGGGAUGAGCUGCACGUGCUGAUUGAGGUCUUUGCCCCAGCGGGAGAGGCUUAUUCCCGCAUGAGCCAUGCCUUAGAAGAAGUGAAGAAGUUCCUAGUUCCCGACUACAAUGAUGAAAUCCGUCAGGAGCAGUUAAGAGAGCUGUCGUAUCUGAAUGGUUCAGAGGAAUCCAGUCGAGGGCGAGGCACGAGAGGACGAGCCAUUCGAUCUCCCCUCACACCCCCAGCAAGGGGACGAGGAGUCGCGCUCCUGCCAGGACGGGGAGUUCCGGCACCCAGAGGAACACCGGUUGCACGUGGCGUGCCCCCCCCGCUCCCCCACACCACCCGUGGGACACCAGCACCUCGAGCAAGGGGUGGCCCAGGGGCACAGGCUGGUUACAGGCCUCCACCUCCUCCAGAGGAAGAUACCUACGAUGAAUACGGCUAUGAUGACGGCUAUGGAGGGGAGUAUGAUGAUCAAAGCUACGAUGCUUAUGACAACAGUUAUGCAACUCAAGUGGAGAGUGGUCCUGAAUAUUACGACUAUGGACACGGAGCAAGUGAAGAAGUCUACGACACUUACGGUCAAGAAGAGUGGGGUGUACCCCGAGCAAGUCUAAAGGCACCAAUACCGAGGUCAUCAAGAGGGACCUACAGAGAACACCCCUAUGGUAGAUAUUGAAGGCAGCCCUUGUCCCAUGACCUCAUCACAAAAUGACUACAUGAAUUUCCUGUGGUCACCACAUAAAACAACUACAAGAGAAAUAAUAGUUCAUUUAUUUUCCACCGUAGGGAUAACUUCUCUCUCAGGCACUUUGUGCACUUCUUCUAUUUCCUAAAAAAAAACUUUGAUGGGAAGUCGAACUUAUUUUAUGACAGUAACUUAUAGAACGACCAGGCUGUCAGUAGAUCAUGCAUCAGAUGCUGUUUCUCUUACUUGUUUCUCAUUGUUCUGUGUGUAGAAGUGUGUUCCAGUAGCAUGAACGUGUUACAACCUUUAAAGUCUCCAGGCCCAUUGGAUAAAGGUGUUGUUUGUUUAGAGGGAGGGUGCGGGCAAGGGUGGGGGGUGGUCGGGUGAAGUAAAAGUCUGUGAAAAAGACUUUUUUUUUGAAAUAGGUGAUAAUCAAGCUGUAGAUAAGUUGUUUUAAACUGUCUUAUUUUAAUAUUUGUCAGUUCGAGAUGUUCAAUAUUUAGUUUGUAAAUUUAUUUUUUAAAAACAAAUGAUGUUUAAUGGAAUUGAAAUCAAUCAGCUAUGUAUGUAGCUAACUUUAUUAAAGUGAUCUGUUCAGUGUUUUAACCUGUAUGUGGUAGUAAAAUUGCAUAAAGUUCCAUGUGUAAGCUUAUCUAAAUAGGUGACUUUAAUUUGUCAAAUACAUUUGCCAUAAUUUGUCAAUAAAGCUGAAAUCUUUUGUAAAGAACUAAAA